GCGAAUCCCUCUCUUGUUUGUGGAUUUGUUUCAUGUUUAAUUUUUUUUAUAUAUACUAUACUACAAUAAAUUUCAUUUCUUUCGUGUUCUUUCUUUUUGAAUGCUAAAUAAUCUAUUAAAUUAAAGUAAUUUAUUUAAAGUGUUUCAAAUACGCACCUUGUUAAUUGUAUUUAAUAUUUGUAAUGAAAACUAAAAAAAUUGCAUGAUAUAUACACACGACCUGCGUGACCUAGGUUUCUUUGGCCAUCCGUGGAUGUAACUACAACAAACUAAUUGUUGGGAACACCUUCCAAAAUAUUUAAGCAGUAUAUCUGCAGUUACGCAAGAAAUACUGGUAAGAAUUUCCGAGAUCAUCGACCUGAAACAAGUGAAAGGAUUGAGAAACCUUAUUUCACGUAGUGAGUUGAACCGGCGUGCAAUGUGAUUAUGUCUCGAAAGAGAACUCGGUUAAGCAGCGAAGAGGAAAUGAGUGGGAAGUUGUUAGAGAUGGGCUCUGGAGAACAGAAUGGAAGUGAAACCAGUUUCACAAGCAGCACCAAUCUGCCCCCCACGGAUUCUAUUCAGUCACUACAAACAGCGGCACCAUUUAGUACAGAUCCUAUUGCAAUAGCGGAACGCGAGCGAUGUCAUUACGGGCGCAUACCUCGAGCGGCGGCCCUUGCGGGUACGGCGCCGCGCAGGGUGCGCGUCUACUCGGAUGGCAUCUACGACAUGUUCCAUCAGGGACACGCGCGGCAGCUCCAACAGGCCAAAACAGUGUUCCCAAACGUCUACCUCAUUGUUGGAGUAUGCAGCGACAGUUUGACACACAGCCGCAAGGGGCGUACAGUAAUGACUGAAGACGAGAGGUACGAAGCGGUCCGACAUUGCAGAUACGUGGAUGAGGUAGUACGAGAUGCGCCUUGGGAGUAUGACGAGGAGUUUUUAGAUAAGCACAAAAUAGAUUUUGUGGCGCACGAUGAUAUCCCAUACACGACGGAGGACUGCGAGGACACAUACGCCAUGAUCAAGGCUAAGGAUAUGUUCGUCGCCACUGAGCGGACAGAGGGCGUGUCGACAUCAGAUAUCGUGGCGCGGAUAGUGCGCGACUACGACAUCUAUGUGCGGCGGAACCUCGCUCGCGGCUACUCCGCCAAGGAGCUGAACGUUUCAUUCCUCAACGAGAAGAAGUUUAGGCUACAAAAUAAAAUGGAUGAACUUAAGGAUAAGGGGAAAAAGGUCAUGACAAACAUAGGUGAGAAGCGAGUGGAUAUAUUAACAAAAUGGGAGGAGAAAUCGCGCGAGCUGAUCGAUGCGUUCCUUCUACUGUUCGGCCCGGACGGGAGGCUGUCGAGCAUCUGGAACGAGUCGAAGGGGCGGCUGAUGCAGGCGCUGAGCCAGCCGCCGUCGCCGCGCUCCUCGCCGCCGCCCAGCGAGAACGGCGACUCGCAUUCGCACUCGCCCACGCACAGUAUAUUACAUUUCAGAGGGUCAGCGUCCCCACCGCCGCCAAAGUCCCGGCGAUACGAAACACUUUGGGAGGCGCAAGCAGGUAACUGGAUGUAUCGUGCUCUGAACGUGUUGGGGAGUCGGAAGCGUCCGUACAGCGCCAGUUGACGGAUGACGGCUCCGACAGCGACGACGAUUAUCAAGACACCAGUCCUUAUCUUUAGGCAUAAGAGAAACCGUCGUUGAUAAUAACAAUGGUACUAUAUGCAAAGUAUUUUUAUACGAUGUAAAUUGUCCAUUAUUAACAUCGAAGGAGACUCUGUACAUAGCACAUGCAAAUGGGUUAUUUUUCUCUUUCGUGUUUUCAAAUGUUAAAUUAUUGUAGAGUAAGAGACAUAAAAAAAUUUAUGUUAUGCUGUCUGCGUACAAUUGCGUGAAUGGAUUAUCCUAUUAGGUUUAGUUUAUAUUAUUUAUAAUUCUUUUAGUACUUUCAUUCAUAUAAUUUUGCAGGGCACCUGCAAUUUUGUUAGCACCGUAAAUACCACUGUGUAAGAUAAAAGGUGCAUAUAAAUUGUUACAUAGAUAUUAUUUAUAUAAUACUUUUUGACAGUCGAUUAAAAAGGUGCUUAUUAUUUAUAA